AUUUCUUAAGCAGACAUGGCAAAGUUUUUUAUCUUGACUGUAACCAUGUUAUUGUUUGCUUUUGUUCUGGCUAGAUCAAAAAAGUCAGUCAAAUCAAGAAAAGCUCAUCGUCGGUCUAGCGCACCCUGUCACAGCCUUUGUGGAAUGGGAGGUGAUUGCAUGCUGGAUGGAAGAUGUCUUUGUUGGUAUGGUUGGACUGGUCCCAACAGCUCGUAUAUAGACGAACACGGGAAGAAAUACAAUCGCAUUGUAGCGGAUUAUUGUACUACAAAGUGUGAAUACAUAACAAAGAAUAGAAAUCCGACCUGUCUUUUUCCGGCAGAAAAGGUUAGUACGACUACUCUUCCCCCAACUAAACCUAAGCAGUCAUCGUCUACUUUGUUGCCACCUGUUUCAACGACAACAUCUACGAAGGAGAUAAGCAUGUCAUUAGAACCCGUAAUCAUGACAACGGAUUCAACACCGAGUUUAAAUGGAUCGACAGCUUCGUUGGAAAAUGAAACAACCGCUCCGCCACAAACUACCACGGUAGGACCAUGUACUACCCCUACACCACAAACCACUUUGUCGGGCUUAAAAAACGCAUCCACUGCCCCAGAUGUGUCUACCACAAAUUCACCAUGUACCCCUUCAUUAUCUCAAACCAAUACAUCCGAACCAAACAACGUAAAAAAUACGCCAGAUGUGUCUACCACAAAUUCGCCAUGUACCCCUUCAGUACCUCAAACCAAUACAUCCGAACUAAAGAACGCAACAACCGCGCCAGAUGCACCAUGUACCACCCCUGCACCACAAACAAAUUCAACUACACCAGUUGUAUCUACCACAAUUCUACCAUGUACCCCGGCUUUUUAUUUGGCAAAAGAAAAGCAAGAAAAACCAGAAAAGAAACAUUUAAGAAGACGCCACCCAAAAGAAUUGAAAAAAUUUUUGAAAAAACAACAUACUCGCUUUCACAGACAUAAAAACAAUUCAAAACAGAAGAAACAGAAGGGACAAUAA